UCGAAAAUUACAUUUAAUUUCAUCGACAACAUGUAAAUUAGUGUUUGCCAACUAGAAUUCUCCAAGGAUGAAUAGGUAUUUUCUAUUGAGUUUUUGGUUUUUGGUGUACUUUGUGUCGCCUGGAUGGCUUGAUUCAUCGACAGAGAGAUGUUUCUGUGAGUUAUCAGGGAAACCAGAAGAAUGUUGUUGUGAUGUGGAGACCGUAGAUAAGUUAAACAGGGAGAUUCAUCCAGUCAUAAGUGAACUGGUCACAAAUAAUUUCUUCAAGUUUUUCAGGGUUAAUCUCAACAGACCGUGCCCAUUUUGGCCAGAUGAUGGAGCUUGUGCACUUAGAGACUGCUCUGUAUCAGCUUGUAAAGAGGAGGAACUUCCUGAAGGCAUCAAAGCUGAGGGGAGACGUCCAGGUAAUGGGAGUUUAAACCGUAAGGGAAGCACACAUAAAACACAAUCAAACAGUGAGGGUAAGAAAGGUGAACUGGGUGAAAUUGACAGCACUAUCAGUGAUGAAGAUAAACAGGCAUUUGAAGCAUGGCAAGCUCACGAUGAUGCUGAAGAUAACUUCUGUGAGUUGGAUGAUGAGUCAUCAUCAGGGAUGGAGUAUGUUGAUCUGCUCAGGAACCCUGAGAGAUUUACAGGUUAUGCAGGAUUCUCUGCUCAAAGAGUUUGGAAUAAUAUUUACAAAGAGAAUUGUUUCAAACCCACGUCUCCGUAUGGGAAGAGUUAUGGAGUUGUAACAUCCAAAAAUGUUGAUAAAAUGUGUCUGGAAAAGCGAGUGUUCUAUCGGAUGAUGUCAGGCCUCCAUGCCAGCAUCAAUAUUCACUUGUCUGCAAUUUACCUAUUUAAAGGUAGUGGUUUCCUGAAACCAAGGUGGGGUGAGAAUCUGGAAGAGUUCAGAAGAAGAUUUGACCCUGAAACUACAGGCGGUGAAGGUCCAACAUGGCUGAAGAACUUAUACUUUGCAUACACCGUGGCUCUGAGAGCUAUAAUUAAAGCAGCUCCAUUCUGGGAACAAGAACAGUUUUACACUGGGGAUUACGGAGAUGACAUUGAAGUGCAAGAACUUGUUCAAGUUCUUUUGGCUAAAUCCAAAACCUGUCCAAGCACGUUUGAUGAAAAGCUCAUGUUCAGGAACCCAGCCAGUGCAAAUAUUCUAAAGGAAGAGUUCAAGCUUCACUUUAGAAAUGUCUCUCGUAUCAUGGACUGUGUUGGUUGUGACAAGUGCCGGUUGUGGGGCAAGCUUCAGGUUCAAGGCCUGGGAACCGCCUUGAAAAUCCUGUUCUCUGGUCACGAGUUUGACGACGGAAAGUUUGACAAGAACAGUCAUUUUCACCUGAAGAGAACAGAAAUCGUCAGUUUAUUUAACGCCUUUGGAAGGUUAUCCAGUAGUAUUAACUAUUUACAGAAAUUUAAAUCAAUGGAACACGGGCACAGAUAGCAGCGAUUUGACGAGGGACUGGUAACUUGAGACAUUCGCUUGUUCAGCACAGUUUCCUCUCGGCCAAAGAGACAGGAGCAAAAGUGCAACAGUUAAAAAAAAAAAAGCAAAAAAAGCGGAAAGUUUUAACCCACUUUAACAAAUGCAUACAAAACUUGGAUUAAAAAGUCAUUUUGCUGGCAGUCGUUGCUAGCCUACAAUUUUUUUUUGUGGGAAAAAAAAAACCCUUUACUGUGAAUAUUUCGUUGUUGGCUUAUAUCAGGCUAUAGGUUUGUAAUUUAAAGAGAACUUCUAUUGUUUGAUUAAUAUAAGUACCAUCGAAACUACAAUUUUUUAAAGUUUUAAAGCGUUUUGAAGUUCUUGUCAUCAGUCGCGUGACUGGUUCGUUGAUCAAAGAAGAGCAACUUAAACUGAAAAUUUAUGAAUUUGAUAUAUGAAUGUGCUGUGUUAGAUUCCUUUUGUUUUCUAACAGUACCUUAGGAGAAUUUCAUUGCUGUACAGUUUAUGCAGUUUAUUGGUUAAUUUUCAAUGUAAUGCCAUCUGAAGGCUUUCUUGAUGAAAGUGGCAACCACCUAUAGUGAUUUGUUAAGUAGACGUAUUUUUGUAAAUUUAGUCUGCAAUUAAUAAAACACUUACAAACACUUUA